GCUGACUCGGUGCGGGCUCGGUGGUUCCGGGCGGAAGUGAGGCGCCGAGCGGAACGGCCUCUGGUGACAUUUUCUCCGGGCGGCGCGGACGAGUGAAGGGACUUGGUGUGAAGGCUGCGGAGGAGGCGAGAUUCCCUUUCGCCCCGGCGGGGCUCUGACCGCGACCUUCUGCUCGCCGCUGGGGCUUGUGCUGAGGAGGCGAGUGCGACGGUGGCCGUCGCGUCCCGAGUGACCGCGUCUGGGAGAAUCCCGGCCUGGGGGUCGGUGCGUGCCCCGACGGGGCGCGCGGAGCCGGCGAGGAGGUGCGGAGCCGACGCGGAGCGCAGGUUGCUUUCCUGUGGCGUCUUUGACAUAGUUCCUAGACUGCUCCAUGAUUUAACUCUAAAAUCUGAAAUGAAGAUGGAGGAGGCAGUAGGAAAAGUUGAAGAACUCAUUGAGUCGGAAAUUCCACCAAAAACAUCCGAACAAGAGACAGCUAAGGAGGAAGAUGGAUCUGUAGAACUGGAAUCUCAAGUUCAGAAAGAUGGUGUAGUGGAUUCUACAGUUCUUUCUUCAAUGCCCUGCUUGUUGAUGGAACUGAGAAGGGACUCUUCUGAGUCUCAGUUAGCAUCCACAGAGAGUGACAAGCCGACAACUGGCCGAGUUUAUGAGAGUGACUCCUCUAAUCACUGCAUGCUUUCCCCUUCCUCUAGUGGUCACCUGGCGGAUUCAGAUACGUUGUCUUCUGCAGAAGAGAAUGAACCCUCCCAGGCAGAAACUGCGGUAGAAGGAGACCCUUCUGGAGUGUCUGGUGCCACAGUUGGGCGCAAGUCUCGACGGUCCCGAUCUGAAAGUGAAACCUCCACUAUGGCUGCCAAGAAAAACCGGCAAUCCAGUGAUAAACAAAAUGGCCGAGUUGCCAAGGUUAAAGGUCACCGGAGCCAAAAGCACAAGGAGAGAAUCAGGCUACUGAGACAGAAACGGGAGGCUGCUGCGCGUAAGAAAUAUAACCUGUUGCAGGACAGUAGUACCAGUGAUAGUGACCUGACUUGUGACUCAAGCACGAGCUCGUCAGAUGAUGAUGAAGAGGUUUCAGGGAGCAGCAAGACAAUCACUGCAGAAAUACCAGCUGACUUCAGUCAUGCUGGGGGAUCUGAAGGAGCGCCCAGGGGAAUUCCAGGAUUACUUGACAGGGGUGCUGUGUGUGAUAGGAACCGUAUAGGCGGUGUCCUAGAAGAGGCCAUGAGCUGUUUUUCGGAGAUGCAGAGGCAGACAGAGGAGAAGUUCCGCGUGUGGAUGGAAAAGUUAACUCACCUUGACACUGGCGAAGAGAACAAUCCGCUACUGGAACCCAGGGAACUUAAAAUGCAGCUAGUUGGCCAAAGCAUUUCCCCUAUCACCCAAUCAGGUGCUUACAUGCAGAUACCUGAUUUCCAAGAACUGCCACAGCAGCCCUUUGAUUCUUAUGUGACUUGCUGGAAUGUUGACAGUACACUAGAAUUCCCAAAGACUUGUAACAGUUUUUCAAUUAACUUUGCUGAGAAUGGGAAUAUUUCAGAACAACCUUUGAAUCUAUCACAAAAUUAAUUGUGUUAAAACUAUCUGCUUUUUGAAUUGUGUAAGAAUUUGUUUUUGCCCAUUGUAAGUUUCUUUUGAUUUUUAAAAAUUAAAAUAGUAAACAGUUUCAUUUAAAAAAAUUAGAUAUUCAGAACAAAGCAGAGUUUGACCAAUCUUAGCUUGAGUUUUGUUACAUAUGGUUGGAACAUAGAACCAUAUUUAUACGAUACUAGGAAUGAUCCUUAUUUUAUGUUUUUUUCAUGCCAAAAAUAUAAAUAAGAGAUAAAAUAGGGAAUCUUAGUGAAUCCAAAUAGGUAAGUAGUUCAUUCCUUUAGAAUCCCAUAGCAUUUAUUUUCUACAAACACUGUUGACUUGCUUCUGAUUCCAGUAGAGGGAAUCACAUAAUUAACCCCACUCUGAAGACCAUGGAUGAAUGUACUGCAUGAAUAUUUUUAUAUCAUUCUUCCGUAUGUCAUUUAAUGAACUAGAUUGUUGCUAGUCUUCAAUGAAUUAUAUAAUAUUAAGUAGCAUUUGUAUGCAGGAAGAGUGAAUGAAUUUUUGAGCAAAUAUAUACUCUGUACCUACUAUGCAAGACACUGUAGGGAAAGCAGAUUAGGCUGGGGUUUGAUAUCAUGCAUGAGAAAAAUAGUCUUUUUCGUUGUUACAUGGAUGAUCUUGAGCUCUAUCUUAAAGCUGAGUGCCUGUUGUAAUAGCCUGACAGACAUCAUCCAGUGAAAUUAUCUGGUAUCCAAUGUAAAGGUACCUGUAGAGGAAACAGAUGAAAUGGUACUCUAUUAAGGGUAUGUAUUGAAUGGGUUUUUAAGUUACUAGUGACUAAGUGUAUUAGCUAAUGUACUAUCAAUUUAAUUUUGUUUUCAAUCGCUGGACUGAAAAUAAAUGGCCCUUUGGCAUGUAAAAGGGCCCAUGGAGUAUGUCAAAGGGAAGAAAAUACCACAGGAUUGAGUCUUGCAGCAUGAUAUCUCUAUGUGCGGCCUAGGAUUGGGAGAUACUGGUAUUUUUUCUUUUCUGCAUUGGUAGAAAUAUUGUGAGAAACAGCUAAAUUAGGAUGAAAUUUUUCAAUAGGAAUAUGUAACUUUGCUAACACUAACUUUUUUAAAAAAAAUGUGCUUUCUACUAAUACAAAUUUAUUAGUUUUUCCCUUCAAAUUUAUAACAAUUUCUAAAUAUGAAAAAAGUUACUAUCUAAUGAAGUUGCAACUUUGGGAAGAAAUCUGUGUUUUAUAAGACAAAGGAUACGUGGUAUGUUUGGAGUUUCAUAUAUAAACAAUCAAGAACUUUAUUUUAAUAAUUUACCAGUGAUUUUACUCAGAAAAACUGACACUUUUUUAAUUCAGUUCUAUAUCCAAAUACUUGCAACUUGUAAGUUAACUGUAAUAGACUGAGCCCAUUUUUUUCUUUUCCAGUUUUGAACUGAAAAAUAACUGUGAUUUGGUGUUUUCAUUUUUAGAACUUGAUGUAUGAGCAUUGGAAGUUAACUUUGGGGGAGUGGGGGGAAGGCUUGUUAAUGUGCUCAGUUCUCAUUUAAGAAUAUAUGUAUGAAUUGAUGAAAAAGACCGGAAGUUUCUUCUUUAUUGUAUAAUCAUUGUCAGAUUUCCUGAACAUAAUAUUUGACAAAUAGGGUUUGUCACCAAUAAGGUUUGAACACCAGUGCAACUUAUGAUAAAUUUCUUCACAUAUGCUAAGCUCUUGCAUAAUGUUAGUAUGACUUUUCACCAUAAAAUAUAGUUUAUUAUAAUUGAUGAAUUUUUCUCAGAAAUAAUAGUGCAACACUUGUAAGCUACUUCAGCUACUAUUUUUUUUAAAUUAAGUUUUAGAUCAAUGGGAAGAGCAUAUUGGUUUUGGAUGACUGACCAAGUUUGAAGUAAUUCUGUAAUUUUUACUUGAAGUUGAGAUGUUUUCAGGGAAGUUUGUUCUGUCUUCAAUUUUUUACUGGGUGCACAGAUUUUACUAGACAUGGAAUUGUAGACAUAAGAAAAUACUAAUUUCAGCAUGUGAACAUGAUACUUUUCUAUGCAUGUAUUGAAGCAGUUUUGCUUCAAGGACUUUUUUGUUUCUUGAUUUAAUAUUUGAUAUAUGAAGCAUGUUCUGAAAUGCUUUUUAUUUCUAAAAUAGAAAAUAUGAACUUAUCUUUUAAGAAUAACACAUAGACAAAUAAUUCCUAGUAUUGACUGGAUGUAUUCUAAUUUUUGUUACGAGAUAACUAAGAGGUCUGGAGUAUUUGUUUUGUUCCUAUGAAAAAUUUAAAUGGAAUGGAAUUAUCAAAGGCUUUAUUUUGUUGGGGUAUAAUUGACUUACAUCAUUAUAUUAUUUUCAGGUAAACAAUGUAAUGGUUCAGUAUUUGUAUAUAUCGUAAAUUGACUACA